UUUGUUUUUGCUUUGCAUAAUAAUGGUCAAGAAGAUAAAACCUUUGAUGGAUGGAAUUUCGAGCUGGAAGAAAAGCAAGGCUCUCCAAACAAAGACGUAGAUCUCGAUAACAUAAUAAAAAGAAAAGGAGGACUUUCCGGCAGCAUCUUGGAAUUUGAAAAACACAAUUCCCUCGAACAGCAAGAGGUGCAAGAAGAAAACCAAAGUUCCGAUGAAGAGUUGGCCCUUGAUGGUUUUGGGAUGGGGGCACCCGACAACGUAGUCAGUGAACUUAGCGACACUGACAGCGAUGACGGUACAGACUCCCCUGCUGGAAAAGACAACGGAUCCGACGCGAUUGACAGCCCUGAGGGGAGAUCUGAUACCCACUUGAAAAUUCACUCUAGUUCCAAGAAUAAUAUAGACGGCACUGAGAUAGUGAGCGAAGAUGCAGACUCUCCAGAUGCUAUAGCUAGCUAUUUUGCCUCUGAUGAAAAUGCCAAUUCCCCCCAAUCAAAGCAUGAAAGUUUUCAAUCACUCAAGCUGUCGAGACCAAUUUUGAAAGCAUUAUCAGCAUUGGGGUACAGCAAACCUUCCGCAAUUCAAAGUGCCUCGAUACCUAUCGCAUUGUUGGGUAAAGAUAUCGUUGCAGGCGCAGUCACUGGAUCCGGUAAAACGGCAGCUUACAUGAUCCCCAUUAUUGAAAGAUUACUAUACAAGCCUUCCAAGAUGCCUUCUACUAGAGUCAUUGUCUUGGCUCCCACGAGAGAACUAGCUAUUCAGGUGGCAGAUGUAGGUAAGAAAAUUGGUCAGUUUGUCAAUGGACUGACAUUUGGUUUAGCUGUCGGUGGUUUGAACUUGAGGCAACAGGAGCAAGAAUUGAAAAAGAGACCGGAUAUUGUUAUCGCAACCCCAGGAAGGUUGAUUGACCACAUCAGAAAUUCGGUCUCUUUCAACGUUGAAUCUGUGGAAGUUUUGGUGUUUGAUGAAGCCGAUAGAAUGCUGGAAGAAGGAUUCCAGAAGGAACUUACUGAAAUUCUUUCCCUUCUCCCUUUGAAUCGUCAAACAAUGCUUUUCUCAGCGACAAUGAACUCAAAAAUCAAAUCACUCAUCCAGCUUUCCCUCAAAAAGCCAGUUAGAGUCAUGAUAGGAGCACCAAAAGCCGCCGCUUCUGAAUUGGUUCAAGAGUUCGUGAGGAUUAGAAAACGUGAAACCUCAAAACCUGCUUUGCUGUUUAACAUUCUUUCUGAAAUGGACGGUCUACAUAGUAGAAUUAUUGUUUUCGUUUCAAGGAAAGAGAUGGCACAUAGGUUACGGAUUUCUCUAGGUCUUCUGGGUCUUAAGGUGUCUGAGCUUCAUGGUUCAUUAACGCAGGAGCAAAGACUAAAAGCCAUUGUUGACUUUAAGAACUUGACUGUUCCAAUACUUAUCUGCACUGAUCUAGCAGCAAGAGGCCUUGAUAUACCCAAAAUUGAACUUGUCAUAAACUUUGACAUGCCAAAGACAUACGAAAUCUAUCUACAUAGGGUUGGAAGAACUGCUAGAGCAGGUAGAAAAGGAUUAUCCAUAUCUUUCGUUGGCGAAAGCUCUCAGGACAGGAAUAUCGUGAAGGAAGCCAUUAAACAGGUUGAGACUGAAAAUUCUGGAAAAGCCAUUGGAAGAAGUGUUAAUUGGGAAGAUGUCGAGAAGAUUCAUCGCAUUCUGCAAGAAAAAGAAUCUGUCAUAUUAGAUGUGUUGAAUGAGGAAAAGCAGGAAAAGGAGCUUCUCAAGGCCGAGCAAGAAAUCAAAAAAGGUGAAAACAUGCUCAACUUCGAGCAGGAAAUCAAGUCAAGACCCAAACGAACCUGGUUCAUGACCUCCCAGCAGAAGAAAAAAGAAUCAGGCGGGCUGAAUCCGGAGAAUCAGAAAGGCAAAAGAUUGAACAGCAAAAAACGCAAAGCACAGGAAGCCCAAGAGAUUUCUGAACGAGUCUACAAGAAGACGAAAAACGACCGCUUACAUUCAAAGUCGCUCUCAAAAAGACUGAAAGGUAAA